AUGUACAAUGCUGCAAUGAAAGGGAUUAUGGAAGAUGAAAAUGGUUACCAAGUUACUCCAAAGGGAAACACAAUCCUCCAUGUGGCAGCUCUCUUUGGCCAACGAGGUUUCGUGGGAGAAUUCCUUAAGAUUACCCCGGCAUUAUUAUGCUAUAAGAAUAAGAAAAAUGAAAUUGCGCUUCACAUUGCAGUUAAUGCAGGACAAAGUGAAGUGGUGAGUGAACUACUUAGCGUAGAAGGAAAAGAGACACUUGUGAGGAUGACGGAUGACAUUGGAGAUACGGCCUUGCACAAGGCUAUGAGAGGUGGACACAUUGACAUUGUCAGGAUGUUGGUGAAAUUAUUACUAGAUCCUGAACACGACUUCCCAGCCAAUAAGGCAGGGGAGACACCACUUUAUUUGGCAGCAGAGUCUGGUUUUCAUGAUGCUUUGAUUGAAAUCUUGAACGUUUGCAAAGAACAAACUACUUAUGUUGCAGGUCCAUCCAAUCGAACACCUCUACAUGCAGCCAUAAUUCAAGAACACACGGAAUGUGCGAGAUCACUAUGGGAAUGGAAUAAAACUUUAUGCGAAGAAGUUGAUAAAUGGGGUUGGAAUUCUCUACACUAUGCUGUUAAACAAGGAUUGAAUGAAAUAGUUUCCGAUAUGUUGGGAUGGAAGAAAUCUUUAGCCUACCUUCCGGCAGGCAGUGAAAAAGACUGGACGACAACAUCUCACAUUGCUGCUAGUGAAGGUGAUAUAUUCAUGAUAUAUGAGUUAUUAAGCCACUGCCCAGAUUGUUGGGAAAUGCCUAAUAGCAAUGGUCAAAAUGCACUUCAUGUUGCCUUAUUGAACGGUCACGAAAUGUUCGUCUCUUGCUUCCUUGAGUUGGAAUUUUGUAAUAGCCUUGUUGAUGAGGCAGAUAAUGAAGGCAAUACUCCACUCCAUUUGCUUGCUGCCUCUGGGGACAAUGUGCCGCAAAUAAUAUUAGACCAUCCUAGAGCAAAGAAGAUGGCAUUUAACAAACAAAAUCAGACUCCACUUGACAAAGUAAUGUCUCGUACACGGACAAUAACGAAGGUGAAAUUGGCAUUCGGUUUGUGCGGCAUUAAUGCACGAUUGGGACAACGUUGUGACUUUGAGGUAAUACGUCAAACAAACAAAUUGAGUAUGACAAAACUACUACUAGGGACGGUGAAGGAUGAUGAUGAUGAAGCCAAAGAUAAGAAAGAAAAACUAGAAAUCGAAAAAAUUAUGAAGUCAACUGAAAUACAAGUAGUUGUAGCUACCCUAAUAAUGACAGUCUCGUUCACAGCUGGUUUUACAUUGCCAGGAGGUUUAGACGACAACGAUGACAGUCCUAAUAAAGGGAUGGCGACUCUAAUAAAGAAAACAGCAUUCCGUGCAUUUGCUAUUUCGGAUGUCCUGGCAUUUACAUUCUCAGCUAGUGCUAUAUGCAGCUACUUUACCAUGGCAAAUAGAUAUCGAGGCUACAAUGAAGAUACUAACGUUCGAGUUUUGAGGAUGAAGUAUCGUAUAGCAAAUGUUUUGCAACUUUUGGCAUUGUAUGCAGCUGUAGUUGCAUUUGCAACUGGUAUGUAUGCUACUUUAGAAAAUUCACAUGCUCUUGCUGUUACUGUUUGUGUCAUUUCUUCCACUUUUUUCCUUAUCUUCUAUUGGACUAGUAUUCGUAGAAAAGACUAA